GGCAAAAUAAGUCCUGCUUGUUUUUCACACAGUGAACAGCAGAUGGCGCUGUUAAUGCAUCAGCUCUGUGCGGCGCUGCUCCUGAUGGAGUUGGUGCAGCUACUAGCUGCAGCUGAAAGUAGUUGUCCAUCCUAUGCUGGGGUCCCGGGCACACCGGGACACAACGGCAGCCCUGGCAGAGAUGGAAGAGACGGGUUUCCAGGACCAAAAGAAAAAGGAGAUCCAGGAGUUGGUGCACAGGGACCCCCAGGGAAAAUAGGACCACCUGGUGUUGCUGGCCCUAAAGGAGACAAAGGGAAUCCAGGCACUGGUGUUCAAAGCGCAUUAGUAACACAACUUAAAUCAGAUGUCAAAUACCUACAGACAGACAGACUCACUACAGUUCAGAAAGUCCUAGGAUUUCGCAAAUUCAGGAAAGCGGGACAGAAAUAUUAUGUGUCUGAUGAGCUGGUGGGAAAUUUUAAACAGGCAGAGAUUUUCUGUUCUGAAAAUGGGGCUAAAAUUGUCCUGCCAAGAAGUGAAGAUGAGAAUAUAGUCCUUACUUCAAUGCAGGCUGCCCUUGGGUCUACUAACGUAUUUGUUGGUGCAACAGACAUAAAAAAAGAAGGACAUUUUGUGGAUAUGAGUGACCAACCAUCAACUUUCACCAACUGGAAGGAUAAAGAGCCAAAUGAUUAUAAUGGAGAAGAGGACUGUACAGCUAUUUACAAAAGUGGUUUGUGGAAUGACAUUACCUGUAAUUCAGAGUGGCAUGUGGUGUGUGAACUGUGAAACAGAUUGCGAAGUUUUACUGCUCUGAUGUUUGAAUGAAGAAUAAACGAAAUCUUAUAAAGU